AUGAGCGAAACGAACAAUCUCUUGCUCAAACGUGGUAACGGAAAGUGCAACAAUGUUUGUCAAUCGUCUUUUGCUCACGCGAUAUUUUCGAGGGAUAUCACCGGAAUUAUGAGUUUCGGCCAAGAUGAUUUUGGUUGUACUUUUGUUUACGGAUAUCUAAAUGGUGGAUUCUCUUUCCCAGAAAAACACCAUUAUUCUAUUGUUAUUUUGGAUUCUUGUGGACAAAUAACACAUAAUCUUAAUGAUAAAAUAAACUUUGAUUUUGUAAAUGAUGGAGUUGCACCUUUUUUCGCGAAACUCCCGGACAGUUAUCUCAAUCUUGAUUGUACUCCUACCGGUAUUUUUAACGUCCAAUGUGAUCCUAUCACCACUCCCACUCCGACUUAUAGUAAACGUAGAUCCAGAAGAGCGUUUGUCGGAGUUGUAAAAGACAACAGGCUUGUAGAUAAAUUUCCGAUCCCCAAAGAUGGAAAUUAA